AUGCUUUCAGCUCCUAAAACCACGGAAAACUUUGUGAAAUUGUGCACAGGAGCUGCAGGGCUUGGCAAGCAGAGCGGUAUGCCAUUGCAUUAUAAAGGCUCGACUUUUCACAGAGUUAUCAAGGACUUCAUGAUUCAGGAGAUUUCCGAGGUAACUUUGCAGUUUAAGGGAGGUGACUUCACAACUGGAAAGGGUACCGGAGGAGAAUCCAUUUACGGAGGCCUUUUCGAUGACGAGCCUUUCAUCUUGAAACACGACCAGCCAUUUCUAUUAUCUAUGGCAAAUAAAGGUCCUAACACCAACGGCUCACAGUUCUUCAUUACCACAAAAGCCGCUCCACAUCUGAACAACAAACAUGUUGUUUUCGGCAAGGUGAUCUCUGGUAGUGAAGUUGUUACCGAAAUUGAGCAUCUCAAAGUGAAUGCGCGUUCUUGUCCAAUAGCUGAUGUUAUUAUCACUAACUGUGGCGAGUUGGUACGAAAGAGGAAGAAGGAAGUGUCUAGUUCGGAAAGCGAAUCGUCGGAUAGUGAGGAGGAAAAAGCCAAGAAGAAACAUCACGAAGAGAGAGCGACCAGCGUUGAGAAAGAGGAAGAGAAGAGGGACGCAGUUGUGGUGAGUAAAAUAUCUGAGGUAAAAGAUUUAAAGGCGUAUUCACAUCGUUUUGCUUGGUUUGCUUCUCUUUUUUCUUACUUUGAAGGCAGUGUCCGGGCAAAAUUUCGAACAAAUUUUUUUCACGUACCCGGGUUUAUCCUUCCCGCUAAAUCCGAAAAUCCAAUUUGAUA